AUGCUUGGCAAAGUUAUCAUCAUCUUGGUUACCUUCUUGCUUCAAGACAUAUUAGAAGAAAUCGCAGUAACCUUUCAAACACCAGAUGUUCUUACCAUUUCUUACAUCAAGAAUAAUCUAAAUUUUUUUGAUUAUUGUAACAAACAGUUGAAUGAUGUAGUGGAAGGUUAUGCCCAAAGGAAGUUAGCCUGUGGAGCAUUAAAAUUGUCAACAAAUGAUGAUCCACCCAUCUUCUUUUCCAACAUGAAUGGCAUAGGUAGUGACUUUGAUAAAUGGGCCAGAAAAAAAGAAUACAGCUUUAACAUUAAGUGUGAUGCUAAAGGUAAACUUAUCACUGCUAAUCCCUAUGAUUCUGAUUACUGUAAUAAAGAAAAUUCAACCAAAAAUCCAGAACAAUGUAAUGAUGCCAAGCGCAAUCCUUAUGGGUAUACUAAAAUAUCUAAUCUCCUUUCACAUAAUCCAAUUACUUAUAAAUAUGAAUCGGCUGAUAUUUAUACAGAAGACCCCACAUUCAUCAGGUUUCAAUUGAAACCUAAAACAUUCAAUAAUAAUGAUACUUGCUUAAAUAUUCUUGAUUUUAGAACUAGUCAGUUAUCACAUAAUGCAUGA